AUGUCGCCAUCGAACGGUCUUGGCACUCUCGCAUAUAAGGAUCCAGCAUCUUUCAAUGAUGAUAACGAGUCAUGUGAACAUGGAAAGGAAUCCGAUAUUUUCAGCCUGGGUGUAAUACUCUGGGAGAUAUCGAGCGGGAAAAUGCCGUGUGACGGACAUCGUGAACAUGCUACAAUCGUUAUGUAUAGACUUAAUGGCUCUCGUGACAAUCCAUUUCCCGGAACACCUGAAGAAUAUAUUAAGCUGUAUUCAGAAUGUUGGGAUGAAGACCCUAAUAAGCGACCAAUUUAUUAG